CUUGCCUCUUCCUUCCACCACCAUGAGGGCCCUUCACCAGCGUCUGCAGUUGUACCUUGAAGGCAGCGAUGCGUACAUUUUUGUGCCCAUUGGAGAAUCUGUCGACGUACAGUCACUUACUGUUGACCGUGCUACUGGGGAAAUGCUACUCAACCCGCCGAAUACGCCUAUACCACCUACGGCUCUUCGGUCAGGAAGACCAAUAUACGGUAUCUUGGGCACGAUUGCCUUGUCCAUGUCCGAGUAUGUGGUCAUCAUCACAGGUCGGGAACCUCGCGGGAGAAUCGCUGGUCAAGAUGUUUACCGAGCCACCGAUUUCGACAUGCUUCCGCUAAACCCAAACAUCACUGUCCAGCACCCGCCACAUCCAGUUGAAGGACAUCUAUUGGCUCUUCUGCGAUCUCAUCUCUAUGGCGGUGUAUUUCUCUUCAGCUAUGGCUGGGAUUUGACGAGAAGGUUGCAACUUCAGUGGGAGCACCGAGAGCAUGAUGCAAACAAGGCAUUUUGGGAAGUGGCAGACGAUAGAUUCUUUUGGAAUAGAUUUCUUCAGACACGUCUCAUCGACGCCAACGUCAAGCAAGACCUCGGUGCUUUUAUCCUUCCUGUCUUGUAUGGAACGUUUGACAUUCGGCCGGCCUUCGUGCAAGGACGACACAUGCAGCUGGCACUCAUUAGUCGACGGUCCCGUUUUCGUGCGGGUACACGCUUUUUCCGUCGUGGCGUCGAUAAUGAAGGGCACGUAGCGAAUUUUAAUGAGACGGAACAAAUUCUCCUCGUCGAAGCCCAAAACUCCGCCGCAGCACCCCGUUCUGCCGACGAAUUUGCCGCGCAACUCAGUUAUGUGCAAAUUAGGGGGAGCGUGCCCGUGUUUUGGGCGGAGGUCAACACCUUGCGAUAUAAGCCCGAUUUGCAGAUUAUGGACCUGGAGGAUACUCCCGAUGUUAUGAAGAUGCACCUUCUGGAACAAGUCUCUCUCUACGGAGAUCAGACCUUAGUCAAUCUCGUGAAUCACAAGGGUCACGAGAAGCCUGUAAAAGAGGCUUAUGAACGAUAUAUCGCUCAGAUCAAUCUUCCUCAAGUUCGUUACGAAUAUUUUGAUUUUCAUAACGAGUGCAAGCACAUGCGCUGGGAUCGCAUCAGUGUGCUUAUUGAAAAGGUACAAGAUGACCUCGUGCGUCAAUCGUAUUUCCACGUCAACGCAAGUGAAAGCCAGCCACAUAAACUUCAAUCGGGUAUUGUGCGUACCAAUUGUAUGGACAAUCUCGACCGGACCAACGUCGUUCAAGCUGCGUUAGCAAAGUGGACAUUGAAUCAGCAGUUGAUAUCCCUGGGAAUCCUUUCUCCUGGCGGCUCUAUUGAUGAGUACCCAGCCCUUAGUGCCGAUUUCCGGGAGAUGUGGGCAGAUCAUGCAGAUGCUAUCGCCAAGGCAUACGGCGGAUCGGGUGCACUGAAGUCUGAUUUCACAAGGACAGCCCAACGAACUAAGAAGGGCCUACUUGAAGAUGGCGUCAAGUCUGUGGUACGGUACCUCAAAAACAAUUACUUUGAUGGUGCUAGACAGGACGCUUUCGAUUUAGUGACAGGAGCAUGGGUCCCCAGAAAGAAUCCUUCGUCGUCCUUAUUCCUGGUCACUGAUUCACGCCCCUUGAUAACACGUUCUAUGCCUGCGAUUGCAUCUUUCUCCGCUUUUAUGAUUUGUGCAGGGUUAACAUUGCCUCGGACCUCUGAGUAUUCGCUGUUCUAUUAUUUCCUGCUCUGGGUUACAUUAUUGAUUAUGGCGGCCGUCUACAUGGUCGUUAACGGCAUUGAUUUUGUGUCGUGGCCAAAGUUGAUACCUCCCACUGACAUUAUUUACUAUAACGGUCCUGGAUUCCGUUCUGCACGUAAUGGUAUGGGACUCGGUGGUGGAAAGGAUAUGAAGGCCAGCCUUGGGAAAACGACAAAAUGGUUGAACGGUGGGAGACUGCGCAGAGGAACAGUCAGCCUGGAAGACGGGGAAAUCAAGAAGCGGGUUGAUUGACGAUGUGUAUAUACCCUGUUCGUGUCUGGAUUUUAUUUACCGGUAGACUGGAAUGGAUGGUGGAAGAGCAAUAGUUGUUGCUUU